GGUUCCGGGUCGGAACGAUGGCGGCUACUCGCCUGGAGCUGAACCUGCUGCGGCUGCUCAGCCGCUGCGAGGCGCUGGCGGCCGAGAGGCGGGAGCCGGACGAGUGGCGGCUGGAGAAGUAUGUAGGUGCUCUCGAAGAGAUGCUCCUUGCAUUAAAGAAACACUCAAGCAAGCCUGCCCCUGAACUGCUGAAUGAAUACUCCCGCAAAGUGGACUUCUUAAAGGGAAUGUUAGAAGCUGAAAAAUUGUCGUCGUCAGCAGAAAAGGCCUUGGCAAAUCAGUUCCUGGCCCCCGGCCGAACUCCCACUACAACCAAAGAGCGAACCCCAGCUACUAAAAUGGUUCAUCUGCAGACAAAGGCUCGCUACACAGGCAAGAUGAGGAGUGAACUGCUUGGUACGGAUCCCUUGUCUGUCAAUGAGUCUGAGGAGCUAAAUGUAAGGAAACGGAAAGGCCUUGCAUCUGAAGAGACGCCGUCAGCAACUGAGCUGGAUGCCGUGUUACAGCAUCAUCGCAGCAUGCAGGAGAAGCUGGCUGAAGAAAUGUUGAGUUUGGCGCGCAGUCUCAAAAACAACACCCUGGCAGCACAGAACGUUAUUAAACAGGAUAACCAGACAUUAUCUCACUCUCUCAGGAUGGCAGACCAUAACUUUGAGAAGCUGAAGGAUGAAUCUGAACGCCUUGAGCAGCAUGCAAAGAAAUCUGUCAACUGGCUGCUCUGGAUAAUGUUAAUUGUAGUUUGUUUUAUUUUUAUUAGCAUGAUCCUCUUUAUCAGAAUUUUCCCUAAACUCCGAUAACUUGUAUAGCCUCCAGGAGCAACAGGUAGGAAGCUAGACAGUAUGUGACCCUCUGCUCAGUCCCAGCAAGUCUCUUUGACCAGUUUGGUAAGCACUCACUGUAAGGCAGUUACCUACCUCUGAUCCUAUCCUGAAGGGUGUCACCAAGGGCCUAGUCUUCCAUCCCUUCCUUGUGUCCUUACUGGAGUUGGUGGGACACCUUGUGAAAGGCUUCCUAAGUUGGGUCACUCGAUAUCCCUUUUGCUUGGCUAAUAUGGUUAUUUGUUUCUUGAGAAAGAAACUGCAAUAAAGAUGGCAGUGGAAUAUCCCUAGAAAUAGAUCAUUCCAGGUGCCUUGGUAGAUGUGGUUAAGGCUAUUGUUCCUCUAUAAGGGAGCACAGUACACAACGGAAGGAUUAAAGACCAUAUUUGCUCUUUAGAAACCCACUGACUUUAACAGGACCCUUGCUAGGAUUGUCUUUGUAACCUGCCUGUAGCAGAUAUGGAGGGAGCAUUGUUAUUGAGUGGGUCCCCUUGAGUUAGAGAGUCAAGAAGGAAAAUUAACUUCACAGCCUUGCCCUUCUGCCAAAUGGACGCUGGUCACUCAAGUCUCCUGAAGCCUGGAAUUGUGGGAGAAGACAGAGGUUGGAAGCAUCUAGUUUGGGAAGCUUGAACAAACUCACUCAUCUCCUCUUACAAUCACAAACCCUAACAUCCAACCGAAGGACAGAGCGUGUCAUUUACCAUUAUUCCAUUCCUUCAGGAAGCAGGUGAUGGCGGCUGUUCAGCCCUAAACAUGCAGUGUACUCUGCAGACCUGCCUGCCUACGCCUCUUGUUGCUUCACUAUAAAAUGAGAGUUGAGGAAGUUGGUCUCUCUUUAAAUAAGGCGUUUACUUAAGGAAAAAAUCGGCAUGUACCUUCUGAGCUAGGCUUAUUUGCAUGUUUGCUUUCCUUAACUCUUAUCAUUUUUCUAGUGGGAGAUACUUUGAAGUUUUCAGCCAUAUUCUGCUCUUGAUGAAGUGCUGGCUUGCUGUACUGGGUGAAAAAGAGAGUGGUGUAAUCAUCCCACCCAACCUGCUCAUAAAGAGAGUGUGUGAUUCUGUCUCUCUCUCGCCCUAACUUUUAAAGCAUCAGUACUGCAAACUGCCUGCUUUCACUUCAGUUUAAACCAUUCUCACUAUUACAAAUUGUUACUGUUGGUAUUCUGUAUAUUGCUGUCUAUUUUGUACAAGUUUGUAUUGGUUUCUCUUGGACUUAUUUAUUACUAUAUGAUUUUCAUAAUUAGAAGCAACUGCCAUCUUCUCUCUCUAUAGCAAGUGAAUGUUGCACAGUACUACACUGCAGCUUCUGGGGUGAUCUGUAUUCCUGCA